ACCCUUAGCAGCCUCUCUGCCGAGAAGGGAAACAGCGGGACUCGCUCUGAACAACCUCGGAAAAAUCAACGCAAAGCUGCCUUCUAGAACCUGGGAGCUGCAAGUUAAAGAGCUCACAAUGGGGCAAAACUGCCUGCAGUGUAUGAAAUACUUGCUAUUCAUCUUCAACCUUAUCUUUUGGCUGGGAGGAUGUGGGAUUCUCGGAGUUGGAGUGUGGCUGGUGGUAACACAAGGGAACUUUGUGACCCUCUCCUCAUCCUUUCCAUCUCUCACCGUGGCCAAUUUCUUCAUCGCUGCGGGAUCCGUGAUCAUGAUCGUGGGAUUCCUUGGCUGCCUUGGAGCUGUGAUUGAAAACCGCUGCCUCCUGCUUAGUUUUUUUGUGGUGCUCCUGAUCAUCUUCCUCCUCGAAAUGAUUGUCGGAAUCAUAUUCCUGUGCUGCCAGGAUGCAAUAAACCAGUACGCGAAGAAAGAGCUGAAGAGAGGACUUCAGUUUUACAACACAUCUGGAAACAAUGAUCUUACCAAUGGCUGGGACAUUGUGCAGACAGAUUUCCGGUGCUGCGGCGUCAUCAGCUACGACGACUGGUUUUCUGUCUUAAAUGGAAGUAAGGUGCCCGUUUCCUGCUGCUUCAAGUUGGUCAGCAACUGCUCAAGCAUUCCUGAUAUCUGGUGGAAAGAUCCAUGCUACGACAAGGUUAUCAAGUGGCUGAAGGAAAACAUUGUGGCGAUCUGCAUCUUUGGACUUUGCAUCCCAGUGCUACAGAUACUGGGCCUUAUCUUCUCCCUGGUGAUGUACUGCCAGCUCGUCAAAGCGGAGAAGCACUACAGCUGAAAAGCAAUUUAUUUUUUAUUUUACAUCUCCCUGGAUGCCUGCCUCUGUGAAAUCCAGGAUUCCGUUUCUUCAUCACUAAUGUCUGGCACCUAGGCCAUCUGCAAGUAGGCAACAUAAUGGAUUCCCUCCAUGGGGUCAUGACUCGUUCUGCGGUAUUUUCUAUACAGGAUUUUUCACCACCUCAGACAUCAUGGUCUUGGCCUUUGCUCAGCAUGGCAGUGAGUGCAGGAUAGGGUCACCACAGUGCUAAGGACAAGUGACCAAUGAUAAUGUAUCUGCUUUUCAGUGAUAUCACAUGCAAGGGCUAGUACAGCUACACACUGAAAGCAAAUCCUCAAUAAAUCCCAUGCACACCUGUUUGGAGUCUGGAGAAAAUGCUUUCAGUGCUAUGGUAUACAAUCAGCUUUUUCUGAUUUGUGCAUCGCCAAACUCCCAACUGGUAGGCAGGGAGCAUAGGUUAGAGCUCAAGACUUCAGCCCUGAUAGUAUUUUCUGAAAGCAAACUUUGGUUGGGCACAUUCUUGAUGUCCAAUCGCAUGACCUCGUUCCUUCAACUGCCUGCCCUGUUACUCAUGCCAUUGGUCACCUGACAUAUCCAUUCUCAUGAUGCCAUGCCUACUCAAAGCCAAUUGAAAUGCAAGUUCUCCCAUUGGAUUACUCUUGACUCUCAGUCAAAACGACUCCAAUGUUCUCUGUGCCCAAUAUUUUAAACAACUGUAUCUUUUUGUAUAAACAGAGACUGAAAAAAACACUGAUCAUGAUACACAGGAAGGCCAUUGGGCCCAUUGUGCAUUUGCCAACUCUUAAAGAGAACUGUUCAAUUCAUUCCAAUGCCUUGCCUUUUCCAUGUAACCCUAUUAUCAGCAAAUCAUUCCUUGUCAAUCUUUUGAACACCACUAUUGAACUGCUGCCACAAAACUUCCAGUUAUCACAUUCAAGAUCAUUGUAACCUGCUGCAUGAAAAAAAAUUCUACUCAUCUCCCUUCUGGCUCUUUUGCCAAUUAUCUUAAAUUUGCUUCGCCUGGUUGUCAACCCUCCUGUCACUGGAAAUAGUUUCUUAUUUAGUGCCUCAAAACCCCUCAUGGGGACAUAACAGCAAAUGGUUUUUCUGCUAAUGAUGAUAAGGGGGGCAGGGAAAUGAUAUGCCACUUCUGUCUCUGCUUCCAAAUUCUGUGUACCCUAGAGUGAGUUCAAGCCUGUGGCCUGUGAAAAUGCUGUCUUUCAGUGAAUUGAUAAGUGAAUGGCUUGUAACAUGUAAACAUUCUGAAUUAAAGUCUCUUAAAUAAUA